GCCCCUCUAUCUCUCUGUAGCGCUCUGUUUUUUCUCCCUCUGCCUUUCCUCAGCAUCCCCCCUCUCAGCGAUGGCGUGUGUCAGUGCCGCUCGGCCGUCUGUGGCCUAACGCACACAGAGAGGACCCCUAUUCCUCUCCCGAUUUGCAGCGCAUUCCUCGGGUGUCUCUUCUCCCUGUGUCCUUCACCGCUCCUGCUGCCUUGCAGCUCCCACCCCGCCUCCCCGUGCGGGUGUCUGGGAGUCGGGCCCUCGGGGGUGGAGGAAAUCAACAUCGUGCUUCGCUGGGGAGCUGUGCAGAAUUAGCUAUGCCCUGCCCAGGCAUCUUUUGACCGGUCGGAUUCCUCCAUUUCUGCCCGCUUGCAAUCCAGAGGGCAGCGUAGGAUGAAAAUCUGCAAUCAUGAUGCAAGGACUGAAAAACCGAACCAGGAAAGCCCUGGGCUUACGAAAGAAAGACAAGGACAAAGAAACAACGAGCUCACCUGACAAAGAAGGAAGUGGAAGUGGAAAGAAAGGAAGCAAAAAGGCCAACGGGGCUCCCAAUGGUUUCUAUGGGGAGAUUGAUUGGGACAGAUAUGCCUCUCCUGAUGUAGAUGAGGAGGGCUUCAGCCUCCGGCCUGGUGACGAGGGUGAUGCAGCCUCCAAAGAAAAGCACUUUUUCUCGUCCAGCGACUCAGAGGAUGAUGAGGACAGCAAAAAAAAGUUCAAAAUUAAGAUCAAGCCGCUGGUGUCAGACAGUGCCAAGUGUGUGCUUCCAUCCAUGGACGAGCUAAAAGCGUCAGUGGGAGGCCUGGCGCUGUCCCCGUCUCUGAGGAGAAGUCCGAGACGCAGUCCGGGGCAGAUGAAAAGGAACUUGUCCUGUGAGGAGAUCGCUAGACCCAGACGCUCAACCCCGAUACCGAGUCCUGCCCCAGAGACGCAAAGUGACAGGCUGUCACAGAACACUCCUGCCUUCUUUGAGCUGCCUUUAGAGAGAAAAUAUGCCAGAUAUGACGUGGUACCUUCGGAUGCGUGGGGAGAUUCUAGACCCCGAUCAGAAUCACAGCUGAGCAGAAGUUUUCCAACAGGGGCUCCGCCUCCACUCCCUCCAAAAAACAUUCCAUCGAGAAGUCACUACGGCUAUCCUUCAGAAUCUGCUGCCGAUCUACCCAAUGGGAGGGCGGCUCGCAGUUCGGCACCAAUCUACCUGAAUGUCCUCUCCCCAGCCUCUUACCGAGGCUCCCCUGCCCCCGACCUAGACGACGUCUUUGGACCCACGAGUGAGGACACCAUGUCUCCCAGAUGGGUUACUUUCACUGAUGACAGGCCCCCACCGCCUGAUGAACCGGCUCCACCUCCGCCACCGGACUCUCCUCCGCCAGACACACCUUCAUCCACCCCUUCCACCCCCUGCCUCUCGCCUGGACCACCUCCAAACGAACCUCCACCUUCACCUCCACCAUUUUCCCCUGGGUCUCCUCCUCGUUUCACUCCGCCAGACUCGCCUCCCUCCAUCCUACUCGGACCUCCUCCGCCAGAUGAACCCGCCCCUCCUCUGCCCCCAGAAUUCUCCCCCUCUAAUUCCCCUCCUGGGUGCCCUGAAGAGGAUGCUAUUGAUGAGGAGAUGCUGCAGUUUGCAGAGUACUCUUCCUCCCCUGCCCCCAUUAGCCCUGUGCCUCCUCUGCCAGCGGAGCGUAGAUCCCCUCGUGCUGGAGUCACAUCUCCGCUGGUCCUUGGGGGUUUAGGGGGUAAGAGGACUCCAGAAGGUGUAAACCUGAGAGAAGAUGUACCAGACUUUGUGGGUUCCCCCAGAGAGCUGACGCCAAGCUUCAGGGGCACGCCACCUCCUCUUCCUCCAACUACCUACAGGUCUAUCAUGUCUUCCCCGGGACCCUACUCAGGCAGCAGCCCCUCAUCUCCAGCUCGUCCUACCACACCUCAGUCUCGAGGCAGCCCAGUCCCUCCGCCUCCUCCUCCUCGUCCGUCCUCCCGACCAAAGCUGCCCCCGGGGAAACCGAUCACAGACCUGACCCGGCCAUUCAGUCCGCCAGUUUCAAGCAGCCCCCCGCCUUUUGCCCCCCUGGCCCGGGCAGAGAGCUCUUCAUCAAUCUCCUCCAUUACCUCACAGAGUGCAGCGUCCACCCCAACUUUAGGAAGGGACCUCAACUUGUCCACCACAGAGGCCUCGCAGCCUCUGGUAUGGUUUGACCACGGCAGGUUUUAUUUAGCUUUUGAAGGGUGCUCCAGAGGUCCCAGUCCACUCACCAUGGGACCCCAAGACACUCUGCCAGUGGCAGCUGCCUUCACAGAAACCAUCAAUGCCUACUUUAAAGGCGCUGACCCCAGCAAAUGUGUUGUGAAGAUCACAGGGGAGAUGGUGCUGUCCUUCCCCGCUGGCAUAACCAGGCACUUUGCGAGCCACCCAGCUCAACCUAUCCUCACUUUUAGCAUCAGCAACUACAACCGACUGGAGCAGGUCCUCCCUAAUCCACAGCUGCUGUGCUGUGAUUCCACUACAGACAGUGUAGACAGAAAGGAGUUCUGGGUAAAUAUGCCAAACUUGAUUAGCCAUCUAAAGAAAGUGGCUGAACAGAAGCCUCAGGCGACAUACUACAAUGUGGAUAUGAUCAAGUAUCAGGUCUCAGCAGACGGGAUCCAGUCCACUCCUUUGAACCUGGCAGUGAGCUGGCGUGGCGAUGGCACCAACAUAGACCUUAGAAUAGACUACAAAUACAACACGGAGGCUCUGGCUGCCCCGGUGCCGCUUCACGACAUCAACUUCCUGGUUCCUGUUGAUGGAGGCAUUGCCAAACUACAGGCCAUGAUCCCACCUGCCACCUGGAAUCCGGAGCAGCAGACAAUACAGUGGAAAAUCCCAAGCCUGUCUCACAGGUCUGAGAAUGGAGGAGUAGGGGCUCUCCUGGGCCGGUUCCAGAUGAUCGAGGGUCCCUGUAAACCCUCCCAGCUGACAGUCCAGUUCACAAGCGAAGGAAGCACUCUGUCAGGCUGUGACAUCCAGCUGGUCGGGACUGGCUACCGGCUAUCAUUGGUCAAGAAGAGAUUUGCUGCAGGGAAAUAUUUGGCAGAUAAUUAGCGGACCUGUUUGCGAACAGAACCAAGAAAAUCAAUGGCUUUUGACUGUGAAGACUAUGGAUCAUCCCAUGUUUAGUGCAUUUGAAAAUUUAUCUUUAGGAGCCAUUAGAUUUAAUGGCUGGAGUUCAUUAGAGUAACAGAUAACAACACAGAGGUGAAAUGUGACAUUCUCGGUCAACUGACUGCUGCUGAGUUUAUGCAAGUAAAUACAAGUCAUUAGUUUUGUGCACUUGGAACACUUAUGAGCUUAUAUAGAGUAACGUUUAGGGAAACCCCAAGUCUAUGUUCUUGUUAACUUAAAAAUAAUUGUGGAUUUCAUACAGUGAUCCAGCUUUAUUUGUUCUAUUUUCCUCUUGUUUCACGGGUUAUCACUUCGAAUGCACUCUUAAAGAUGAUGUGAAUAAUUUGUAUGACAAAACAAUCUUAAACGAGGUGGAAAAGAUGGAAAACGUUUUAACAUAGGUUUGCUUUGCAGAUGUAUUCCAAUUAGUUAUAGUCACAUGGUACUGUCUGAUUUGCACUGCCACCUUUAAAUCAGAUGUUUUUUGUUUAUUUUCAACAUGUGUGACUGUCGUGAUUGUUGUCCAAGCAGAAUGUAUUCCUCUGUGUGGACAGCUUUGACACCGUCAUAUCCCUUUUAUCUGUCUUAUGAUUAAAGGUGACAGUUUAAAAUGACCUGCAGCACUGGAAGAACAUCAGCACUAUGAAUCCUAAGGUGCUCUUGACAUGGAAUUAUGUUUGCGCCUCAGUCCUGGGAACUUUAGGGAACAAUUUGAUCAUGGGUCAUGAUCAUUUCCUUCUAGCACAUAAAUUCGAUUUUGUAGGGAAACUUGUCACAAUAAUAAUUAGAGCAAAUAAAACUGUUUGCUCUAUGAUUUGUAUGCUUGAUCCAUUUAAUCAUCAUAAGCCCACGGUAACCAAGAUCCAAACUUAAUGCUAUUUUGCUUCCUUAGACUGAAUGAACCAUUUUGACUUGGUUAGCAAAGUUACAUUUUGAUUUAUAGUCGUCGUGAGUGUUUUGGAUUAUUGGAGCUAUAUUUGUGGCCAUAUUUGUAUGACAGGGUUGCGGGCUAAGUUCGCUGUAGGUUCACUCAAGUAAUAUAGAGCAGAGACUUCUAGGACAUGAUGUGCAACAUGGCAGGAGAUUUGGCAGAUGGCUCAGAGAAUGAUCAAAAAGACACCCACAUGCACGACGGGUCCAGUUCCUAUUAACUGAGGUGGUGCCUUGCAGAAAACGAGUGGCAUAGUUAGUCCACUGAGGACACCACUGUCAUUGGAAAUGAAAAGUUUUUUUUACUAAACUGUAAAUGUUAACGGUGGAAAUCACCAGACGGUUGGGUGAAAGUCACAUAUCUGUUGAUGUCUUCACAGACAAAUUCACAUUUGAGCCGAUGUGAGUUUACUAACUAACGUUAUCUCAGGAUGAUGGUGGUUGAGCUGAGCGCUUUUGUUCGUAGUAUUCAGAGUAUUUUCAUUCAUUUCGUAAAAUAUCGAUAUUUGGUGUUUACGUAUUGAUAAAAUACUGCAAUAAUAUGCAGUGUCGAUUUUUUUCCCCACCUCCUAGUUUAUGGGGAUUGACUCAUUUUUGGAGGCAGCCUCGAGUGGACGUUAAAGGAACUGCAGUUUUGGUCAUUUCAAAGUCAAACAUCAGGCCUCAGUUUGUUGAGUGCAAAAGAGUUUCUUUACAAACCACACUUGAUGUGCUGGAAAGACUGUGCUCAUGGCUGAAGCGCAUACA